AUGUCCCGCCAGCCCAAUCCUCUCGAGCGCAAAUUCAACCAGGCUGCAUUGGCUGCGCUAGACAAGAUCAUAUCCCAAAAAGAGAUUGACUGCCUCGGGCCCGAUCCUCCGGCACGCACUGCUGCCAUCAACUUCCUUCUGGGAACGGACAAUCCGUACUACUCCAGAACGGUCUAG